CUUUUCUCUUUCUUUCUUUCUCCUUUUCUUUAACAACAUUAUGUCUCUUUGGGAAUCUCAACCGAGAACAGAUCUUCCUUUCUUGCCUCACUUUUCUCAAUUGUCUGAUAGAGUGUGGCGUGUAAUGGGAUUAAAUCCAGGGAGAUUUACAUUGCAAGGUACAAAUACAUAUCUUGUGGGAUUAGGACCACGGAAGGUGUUGAUUGACUGUGGGGAUGGACACCCGGAAUAUAUGCCAUUAUUAAUUGAGUCACUAUCCAAGAUUGAUAAAGAGGCAUAUAUUUCCGAUAUUCUCAUCAGUCACUGUCACAAGGAUCACUGGGGAGGGUUGAACGAGAUAAUGUCUUCUGUACUUAACAAGGAGAAUACAAUCAAAGUACACAAAUUUCCUCUUUUGGCAGAAAACCCAUUAUUUAAAUAUCUGGAACCCUUUCCGGAAAGCGUUGUUUUUAAUGAACUGCAAGACGAUCAAGUGAUUAGAGUAGACGAUGCAACACAUCUUAUCGUCCUUCAUACGCCCGGGCAUGCUAUGGAUCACUGUUCGUUUUAUUUAAAAGAAGAACACGCUAUGUUUACAGCAGAUUGUAUACUAGGACACGGAACAGUGACUUUUGAAGAUCUCUCGGAAUACAUUCAAAGUCUUUAUAGAAUUCAACAUUAUAGACCAGCACGACUCUACCCUGGACAUGGACAACAUGUCGAAAAUGGAACAGAGAAAGUAGAGGAAUAUAUCUCUAUACGAUUAGCCAAGGAGCGACAGAUCAUUGACUUGAUGAAAGAUGGCUCAGCAACACCGAUUGAGUUGGUUGAAAAGAUGAAUGCAGCUUUUAAAAAUUAUUCAGAAAACGUGAUGGCAAUCAUAGUUCGUACCGUGGGAUUACAUCUUAUUAAGCUCUAUCGUGAUGGGAAAGCAGAGAUGAUAAAUAAGGAAAAAUUUGAAGAAAAGACAGGAUUGGAUCCCUAUGACCCACAUAACGUCUUUUCAAUCGUCAAUCAAAAGUGGCAGUUGUGCAAUCAUAAUAGUAGUAAAUUGUAAUAAAAGGUCAUUAAAAUAUCUCUACACGCGUACGUUUAGCGCGCAU